AUGGUCAUCUUCAAGAGUCUCGUGCUCGCUUUGUCGCUGCCCCUCAAGGCCAUGGCAGGACUCGCCGACGCACCCAUCCCCGGCUACGACGUGGUCGACCUCACGUGGCAAGUGGAAGUCUUCCCCGGCCACUUUGAGAACCUCACCGGCACCGCGGAACAGGUUCACCGCGCCGCCAGGGCCAUGAACCCCGGGUGGAAGCCCAGGACCGCCUCCGACCCCCGCGGCAGCAACCUGGCGAAGCGUGUGCCGCUGUUCAACUGGGCCAAGGUCAUUUGCGGCGCGGGCGCCCUCGGCUGGCACCCGUGCAAAGUCCGCAGGAUAGAGCAGGGAAUCGAAUACCUCAGGGGGCUGGCCGGCGUGCCGACAAACGGCCCCGGGCCGGAGACCUGCGGACGCGUCAGCUGUUCCUACCAGGCGGCCAUAUGGUGGUGCAACAGUGCGCCUUUUGCGCGGGCGCUGGGUAGCUGGGACGACAUCGCGGACAGCGCGCAGCUGAUGGUGUGGAAGUGCUCGACGGGGCGCCCCUACGCGGACAAGUACAUGACGGGGCAGGCGUUUUCGACCGAGAACUGGGACGUCAUUAUUCGCCAGGACGAGUGUUGA